AUGGAGAGGACGCUCGUAAAAGAAAAACGGAAACGGCAGUUAAACCUCCUUCGGCCGCCGCUGCCCCGCGAGGGCGCCGGCGGGACCCCACUCAGCGCACGGCCACGACCAGGCCCUUUGCCAUCGAGCAGCGGGACUCUGGCCAUCGAGUCGAGAGAAGGGAGAGAAGAGGAGGGAGGGAAGAGAGAAAGGGAAAGAGAGAAAAAGAGACCAGAAGAGACGAGGACCAGAAGAGACCAAAAGAGACCAGAAGAGACCAGAAGAGACCAGAAGAGACAAGAUGACCAUAUAGACAGAUAGAGACCAGAAAGAGACAAAGAGACAAGAGGAGCCAGAAGAGACCAGAAAAAGAGCCCAGAAGAGACCAGAAGAGACCAGAAGAGACCAAAAGAGACAGAAGAGACCAGAAGAGACCAGAAGAGACCAAAGAGACCAGAGAGACCAAAAGAACCAGAGAGACAAAGACCAGAAGAGACCAGAAGAGACCAAAAGAGACCAGAGAAGAGACCAGAAGAGACCAAAAGAGACCAGAAGAGACCAAAAGAGACCAGAAGAGACCAAAAGAGACCAGAAGAGACCAAAAAAGACCAGAAGAGACCAGCAGAGACCAGAAGAGACCAGAAGAGACCAGAAGAGACCAAAAGAGACCAGAAGAGACCAGAAGAGACCAGAAGAGACCAGAAGAGACCAGAAGAGACCAGAAGAGACCAGAAGAGACCAGAAGAGACCAGAAGAGACCAGAAGAGACCAAAAGAGACCAGAAGAGACCAGAAGAGACCAGAAGAGACCAAAAGAGACCAGAAGAGACCAGAAGAGACCAGGCGACACGCAGCUGCUAUAAGGGAGCAUGAGUUGAAAUCCUCUCCCAAGCAGCAGGUUUAUUCGAGUAAACGCCCCUGUGGAGAAUUAACACAGGCAACAGGAACUUUGAGGAGACUGGAGUCAGGAAACAUAAUUUUCGAUUGCCACCGCAACGCGCUCCUCAACGGGGGGGAUUUUGACCCUUACGCUCCCCUAUCUAUAAGGACGAGAUUGGGCCGCAUCCGACCCGCACGGCUUACGUCCCUAAUGGCUCUCUGGCGAUCUGGUUUGGGCGUUAUGAUCCCGCGCAAGUUAGCGAAGAAUUUUACACAUUCACACCUCCCGCUGGACAACGGGCGGGGCGGAGACACGUGCGCGCGGGAGAGAGGCUGGCACACCUUGGUCAUUUCAAAGGAUAUUAUUUUACCUUCUGAAGCCGCGAUGACUACACAGUCCUAUAACGAUGCACUGACUUUUUCUCUGGCUUUAGGGGGCAAUGGCAACUACCCAGGCACGACCCCACGCCACAGAGGGCAUCCGCCCGUGCCCCCCCACACCCCCACGCCGCCCAUGUUACCCGAUGAGAGAGAGAUGACCCUAUGUUCGAGCCCAUUUUCCCACUGCGGAAAACCAUGUCGGUUUGGGAUCAGCACAGCAGGCGUCCAGUCAGCUCAGCAGGCAGUUGAGUCUGCUCAGCAGGUUUUACCUUCUCGAAAACAGCCCUUUUCGCCCGUAAAUAAGCCUUCCGCAAAUAGGGAAGCCACGGGCGACCCCCGAAGCCGUUAUUGUGGCCACGUCGAUGAGGUUAACAUUUGA